GACUCAUGUGACAACUGCCAUACAAUUGUUUUCCCCAACCGUUUUUGGCGCGCAAUCACUGAAAAACCGUUAACCCAAAUUUAGCCUGAUGUCUUGGCCAUUUCUAGAUCUCUCUCUCUACUUUCCCACCCGAAAAUCUGGUGAGCUACAGGUUUUGAUUGAGUGGCCACCGGAAACGAGCACUUCGUCUCCACAGCCCGGCCACCCAACAAAACCUAUGCUCUCAUUUCCUAAAUUCAUAUGAUUUUUUAGGAUUUCCCAAAACACCAACCCACAACAACUGCAGAUCUGCAUUCCUAAUUGCUUACAUCGUAUGACAUGGGAUGAGUCGAUCGCAGUUGGAUAAUAUGGGUCAGCUUGGGGUCACAUAUCAUGGUGUGUGUUUGACGUUGGAAUUCGGAGUGAGGAUUAUAUCAUGCUGAUGCGCCUUUAUCUGAUCAACCUUUCCUUCUGAAGUUCAGAGGCAUCAUCUCAACGCUCUCGCGCACCAGAAAAUUUUCCCAGCUGAAGUAGGUUUCUCUGCAUGUACUAAGUCAAGCACUUGAGCCAAAAUGGCCACAAAGGUGAAGGGUCUCUUGAAAGGCCUGAGGUACAUUACACAGAUAUUCGAGGAAAAGGAUCAAGAAAUACAAAUUGGCUUUCCCACAGAUGUAAAGCAUGUUGCACAUAUUGGGUGGGAUGGUCCAUCUGCAAAUAGUACUCCCACCUGGAUGAGCGAGUUCAAAUCUCCUCAAGAAUCCGCAGGGCAACUUGCUGUUAAAGAAUUGUCCGCAAAAGAUAUAAAUAAAACAGGACUUUCUAUUGCCCAAUCAAUGGCACACCUGAACGAAAUUCCAAAGUCUACAUGUUCCCCAUCCAAGAAGAGCUCUGAUGGAAAAAGCAAAAAGAGUUCUAGGCGCCAUCGCUCAGCGGAAGCCAGUGGAGUGGAGUCCCCAGCACGAGAAGGUAGUAGCCGGAAUUCAAGAAGAAGCCGCAACUCUAAUAAUAGUCUUGGCUCCGAGUCCCCCUCACAUGACCCACCUGGGCUCCCAAAACUCAGGAAGAAAAAGGGUUCCACUGAUGGAGGAUCAACAAAAUCAUCAAGAAAGCCACGAUCUAAAGGCCAGACUUCAUUAACUGACAUGUCUCUUGAAGGUUCUGAGAAUGGUAGUCCAAUGCACGCGGCUUUUGCACGAGAGAAGGGUUCUGAGGUAAUCCCAGCAGGAAUUCAUAUUUAACCAAAUGAAGAAAUGGAGGUCUUAACAUCACAUCCCUCUUAACUGAUGAAGGUCUGACUUGACUUGUACUGGUUUCCUUCAUUCUGUUAUUUUUCAAUUUUUCCUUUUCACAUUGAUAGCUGUGAUUUGCAAAGCUCCAAAUGAGAUUUGAUUAAUUGUUAUCCAGUUUGUACAUUAGAAAAGAAAAUGAUGAGUUGCAAUUGUAAUUGACAACAGCCUUGUUUUGGAUCA